AGACAGGUGCUGAACAUCACCACCAACCAACAGCAUCGAGUUUACAAAACUAUUUAUCGGUGGAUACAUGAAAAAAAACCGGGAUCAAUCAGCCAGGCAUCCUAUAGCACACGAUAUCGAUGACGAGAGGACAGACCACAAAGGGACUGGGGCGGGAACUGCAGACCGGAGAGAAAGUCGGAUGAUGACGAAUCUGAUCAACUCAGCGGACGAUGUCAAGUCAUCACGCGAUGUGUAGAAGGACACGGCAGGAGCUAAUCAUUGAUAUCAUGUCUGCCUUUUUUUUUGCUUCUUUUACAAUGGGUGGAGUAAAACGGACGGAAAUCAGAUGAGAUCCAGAGGCGGGACGAAUGGCAUUUUUGCACCGCUAAGAUAGGAGCUAGCGAGUGUCUUAAUUUAAUUUUGAUAUUAAUGAUAGCACCGGCAGAGCAGGGAAUGCAGAGCCCCUCACAGAUGUCAUCGAGCGUGGCG